AUGAAGUGCAUCGCCGCUAUCGCUCUUCUCGCCACUACGGCGUCCGCCUUUAACGCAUUCGGUGCCGCCAAGAAGGCUGCGCCCAAAAAGCCGGUAUUCUCGAUCGAAACGAUCCCCGGUGCGCUCGCUCCCGUUGGUAUCUUUGAUCCCCUCGGUUUCGCCGCCAAGGCCGACGAGUCCACCCUGAAGCGAUACCGCGAAGCCGAGCUCACCCACGGACGGGUGGCCAUGCUCGCUACCGUUGGCUUCUUGGUCGGUGAAGCCGUGGAAGGAUCUUCCUUCCUCUUUGAUGCUUCUAUCAAAGGACCUGCUAUUUCUCAUCUCGCCCAAGUGCCGACUCCGUUCUGGGUUCUCUUGACCAUUUUCAUCGGGGCCGCGGAACAGACCCGUGCCGUCAUCGGCUGGCGGGAUCCUUCCGACGUACCCUUCGACAAGCCCGGUCUCUUGAACGAGGACUACACCCCGGGUGACAUUGGCUUUGAUCCUCUCGGACUCAAGCCAACGGAUGCGGAAGAACUCAGGGUUCUACAGACCAAGGAACUCCAGAACGGACGCUUGGCCAUGCUUGCUGCCGCUGGAUUCAUGGCGCAGGAACUCGUGGACGGCAAGGGAAUCUUGGAACACCUCCUCUAAGUUUCCCGUAACGUUUGCACAAAAAUUGGGAACACACGAUACUGGUCGCCACGAAAAACGUGGAACGACAGGAAGCCUCGGAACACUAGGGACAUUCCAUAGAGACAAAACGCAAGCCAGAAGCUCUUGUUCACCGACCGGUACACACGAUACACGACUAUAAAGGAAUCCUUACUACACUU